UGCUACCAAGGUUAGGAGCUAACUACAGUCACGAGAAGCAUGCCAGCACACACACGUACACACGCCUUGAACACCUGCCAGAGGGUUUACUAAUACUAACAAUGCUUGACUCCAUAGACCAAUAAGGCAAUGUGCAGACACUGCCACACUCACACACAGCUGCAUGGUAGUCAUGCUCCCUCCCCACGACCCCAGUGAUGGACAUUGCUCGGUGGUAAAGUCUUUGCGCCUUCUCCGUAUUCCACGAGCUAGUCUCUUUGCAAUCCAAUAAUAGUUGUAGUAGCGGCGCUGUACGCCUAGACCUUCUUCCUAUCAGAGAGAACAGAACUGACGGGAGGACAAUGGACGAAGGUUGAAGCAGCGAUACCACGGGUUCUGCACAGUCAGGACGAUUGCUCAGAUUUCUGUAAGUAGAUGGAGCAGACUCGCGCUGGAUACCGAUGAUGGCCGUAUUGGACGGGGCAACAAGAAUACGAACAAGAUACGUUCUUGUAGCCAUAGCUCUGCUCAACUUCAUACCAACGGGCUCUUUAGCAGCGCGGUAUCAGCUGGGAAGAAGAGGUAGCACUCAAGGUGGCGAUCGAUGGACAUGUUCACCGACCACUGGUUGUGCCCAGCAGUGUAUGCAACCUGUACGACAAUGUCCUGUAGUAAGCUCAACAUGGAGAUCGGACCAAGAGCAAUGUGUGCAAACCUUAGAGGACUGCCCGAACUUACGCUUAGGCCGAGACAUCCGCAGCCUCAAUCCAAUGCGGCCACAACAGCCUCCCGAACAGGUCCUAUUGGCAAGUGCCGCCGAUACUAUAAGAAGAUCGUUGAAUUGUCGCAUGUCACAUGUCCGCGGCUUGCAGGGUGGUGUAUGGACAACAAUGGACGCACAGUUCCUGCGGAUCACAACUGACCAGACCAAUUCAUACAUUCAGUGGGCUGGAGGUGCGCAGAGUGUAGCUGCCUACGCUGGUCGACUAGCCAAAGUCUUCAUGCACUGUUCAGUCACUGACACCACUGCAGCCGGUGCCCAGCCGGGAACUGCUCCGCUACAGCCUAGGCCGGCUAUCAUCUUCUGCCUCCCUGUGAAGUUUGCAGGGACCUAUGAAUAUUCAUCAUGCCAGAAUGUAGCUGUAUUGCCUGCACGCCUUACAGGACCAGAGCCAGGCCAGCCAAUGCCACCACCGGGGCCGCGGGGUAUGCCACAAGCAGGCCAGCCAAUGCCACCACCGGGGCCGCGGGCUAUGCCACAAGCAGGCCAGCCAAUGCCACCGGUGCGGGCUAUGCCGCAGGCCCAGGCACAGGUCAUGCAAGCACCAGCAGCGCGUGCAAUGCCACCCGGACCGCUACCUCAGCAGGCAAUGCCGCAAGGUGGCAUGAUGCCUGGAAGACAAUUCGGAGCACAGCCACCGCCAGGCUUCGGCGGUGUGCCUCCACCGGCAUCAAGCUGGAAUCAGCAGGCCCGCCAGAACGGUCUGUUUCAAGACCCCGAAGCGGAGCAGCUGGAGCAGCGACGAGUAUCGUUCCGAGUGAUUGCUGGUGUUGCUGGCGGUCUGGCAGUGGUGGUUGCUCUUAUCAUUAUCAUUGUUGCAUACUACCGGAGAAAGCAAAUCCAAAAAGAAAAGGAAGGAAUGAGUGGCUGGGAUCGAUCCCAGAAUCAUCCAUCUUCACGGAUAUCUCGUGCACACACGCCUGAUCCGUACAACAAUGUAGAGGACAACUCCAAUGCAAUGACUGAGCAGCCUAUCUUCCUUCAAGCUGUCCCUAUUGAUACGGGAACCGACGCAGCAACAGUUCUAACCAACCCGCUAACUGCCACCAGUAUGGGUGUCCAUGACAGCAGCAUGCAUGACAUGGACCCUCAUCAACACACCAGUACACGUGCAUCAAAUGAUGACUUGCGCUAUGAAGAUGUCAGCUCGUCGUCUUACUAUGACAGAAACAUGUCGGAUGACACCUGGAUGGAGGAUGACGACGCUCGUGGGUGGAGUAAGAGCAAACGAGCUUCAUUCACUUCGUUCAGCUCCGGAAUGACGGACUCGGUGGCGCAGGGUAAACCCCGCAAGGCGUUAAUGCCGAGCAAGGCUGCACGCCGCAGACGUGACCGGCACAAGCACAAUGGCUCACGCCAUGUUCACAGCGACAUGGAUCUAGCCGAGGAGGAUGAAGAUGAGUUUGACCAUGACCACCACCACCAUGACCACCAUCAUGAUCACCAUCGCCGUCAUACGGAAUGUUCGUGUGCUGACUGCGACGAUAUUCCACCGGAUUAUGACGACGGCGAUUGCUCGUGUCAUGUGCAUGCUGCCUCUGCCGCACAGGAUGAUACUUGCUCGUGUAGGCCUCACACAUGCAGUAGACAUUCCAGCGAGGGGCAGCAGCAGCAGCAGCAGGUCUGUUCAUGUGGUCGUCCAGCUCAGAAGCAAUCGGCAGCAUCGAUACCAGGGCAAUCUCCACCCGCACAAUCACACAGUGCAGCAGCUGUGGAUGUAGCUACAUGCACAUGCCAACAGCAAGCAGCAGUAGAAACACGGAGUGUGCCCGCUCAUCAUCAACAUCAUCAGAAUCUUGGUGCUUUGUCAUUAGAAGGCCAACCACUGCCUGCCAUGAGAACCCUAUCAAAUCCAUGCCCCACACUUAGUCGUUUCCGCAGCCAGCCGGAUAUGCACACCGAAGACUACUAUCGCGAAAUGGCACGAUUUUACCCGGGCAAUCCUCACUUCAUGAACCCGUAUGCUUCAGCCUUGUCUGGUCCUGCUGCGGCACCCCACAGUGGAUAUCACUGCAACUGUAGCCUCUGCCUUCAGAAUCGAAAUCAAUCACUUGACCUAAAGCAGGGCUUGCUAGCUGAUAAUCAAUUUGGUCAUGCUCAUGGCAAUGUGCAUGCACAAAGCCAACCCACCGCACAUGCAGCACAUGCAGCGGCAUAUUCGCCCACGGCAACAGUGCAGCCUCAGCAGCCAUGCACCUGCCACUUCUGCAUUCAGCCUGGCGUGCCUCACCAAAACGCCAGCAGCAGCAGCCAGUUCAAACCGCUCUCCUCCGGUCUUGGUCACCUACCCACUCACCCAGCCAUGCCAGCGUCACAGCAAGCGCCGAUGCACACACAGCCCACUCACCAAUAUCCAGGUCGCUUGCAGCGACAUCGCAGUGAUGGUGACCUACUGCUGGCAGCAAACAACACGUCGCGCUUUCAGCAGCACUUCCAGUACCCCACCACCAGAUUCCACCAGCAGCCCACGCAAAUCAAUCACGCUGCUGUCAACCACCAGAACCUUGGAGUCCAGAACGGAAACAUCGCACAAGUACAACCUAUGAUGCAGCAGCAACAUAUGACCAUGCAGCAGCAGCAGCAGCAGCAGCAGCAGCCACUGCAGCAGCAACACAUGACCAUGCAGCAAACAGUGACUGCAAUGCCACGACAGCCGCAGCAACAACUUCAUGUCCAUCCAACACAGACUGGAUCAGUAGCAGUCGAGCAGCAGCAGCAGCCAGCCAUGACCGAGGAUAUGAACUAUUGCAAUGGCUGUGCAGACAAUACGGAAGAUGAUCAGCAUGCCAGCUGGUGUCCUGGUGAUUACGAGAACUUCCAGAAUCCCCUGGCACCAUCAAGUGGUGUCUUGUCGGAAAUGAGGACUGCACUGGGGAGAGAUCGCCGUUCCCAAGCACACAGUGAGUCCAUGGCGCGUCAAGCCUUGUUGGAGCAGCACCAGCAGCAACAGCCAUAUGAAUACCUGGAUAGUGCUGCAAUGGCUGCUGCAGAAUCCCAGCAACAACAAAUCUUCGAUGCUCACAUAUACGAUGACGUUAUGAUGGAGGCUACAUCAUCGCCAAAUUCCUACCCGGGUGUGACACCAACACAUCAGGCACAUUAUAAUCCCCAGCAUGCAGUAUCGGGCGAGGAGUAUAUGCAGCAUUCAAACUACGCACGGCCUCCCAUGCCUGUUCCCAAUGCACCGCCGCUACCCAAGAUCUUGCAGCAGGCACGGCAGCAGAAUCAGCAACGUGCAGCACAUCUUACGGGACAGAAGCCACCAAUAGCUGUGAAGCCACAAGCAAAGCCGCGCAGCCAACUGUGAUUGCUACAUGUAGACAUGUGCUUGCAAUGACUAGCAAUCAUGCAUUCGUUGAUUCUUGAACCUGGUGACUGGAGCCUCGCCCUCAGAUACGCUCUGUGCGGUAACCAAUUUUCUGGUAAUCGGCAAUGUGAUACCUUCAGAUCAGCUGCAACCAUGUAUAGACUUUUCGAUCUAAACUCAGAUAGCACGUUGAAACCACACAGCUGCACCGGUGCACAGUGUGUACAGCAAAUGUUGAAAGAAUGAAAUCAAGUAUUUAUACAUGUAAAUCAAUCUUUUUCAAAAUACUAUUUCCCUAUUAUGUUGCUUUCAAAUACGGUUGGAUGUUACAUACCUUGAGAAUUAAAACAUCACCUUAACACUCAGUUACGUAAUCAUUGUUCCAAGUGUGCCUGCCACUUG